UUUUGGCGGGAACGCUAGGAGUGAAGUAUGAUUUGUUUUAUUUUGUCUAUUUAGUGUUUCUUCAGGUUUAAAUAUGUAACAGUGGUGGUUUAUUAACUGUUUAACGUCUGUGAAAGUGCACAAAUGUGGGAAAAUGAAACAAAGCCCCUGAACGUAACUUCUCGGGAUUGUCCAAAAAGUCCACUGAGAAAGUCUCAGAAUAUAAAUUAAAAUAAGACAUGACUUAAAGAUCUUAGUUACCAUGUCAUAAUAUCCCAUAAAAAAAUAUGCACUGUCUGUGAUUUAAACGGUCAAAAAAUCAAAUUUGAUAAAAUUUGAAAAAUUUGUUGUUUAAAAACUAUAGAAAGGAAUUAAGAAAACAAUGAACAUAAAAUGCAUAAAAUAAAAUUUGAGCUUCCUGAUAACUCUGGAGAAUCUACAAAGUAUUUAAUUACGCUUUUGAUUAAAGAAAUACAUCCUAGUAUUGGAGAAAUUCGGAAGAAAUUACAAGUCAAACACAUAGAGGAGCAGGAAUUAAUUAAAAUUCGGGAAGUAAUAGCACUGUGUUGUAAUCAAAUAAAAAAAUGUGUGGUAAACCUUCUUGGAAUAUUCAAGUUAGAGUACAAUCAAGGAAUAUUUCUUCAGGAAAGCCGCCAAUGUCACGUAGAGAGAUUGGAAUGGUGCAUAGACAGAUUAAAUACAAUAGACCAACAUCUUGAAAAAAGAAACAGUAAUUUGUCUAAUGACAAUACAGAUGAUUCAAUUAAUGUGACCACAAUGUAUUUUGUGAACUGGAUUGACCACACAUUUGAGGUUUUAUCAAAAUUAUCCGAAGUUGUCUAUAAAAAUGAUUAUAAAGAAAAUUUUGGGAUGUGUGAGCUCUGGAAAUCUGAAUUGCUGCAGAUACUGAGCGAUCUUCAUCUUGCAAUUGAUGAGCUACUACUAUCUGCUAUGACGCUUUGCAAAUAUUGUCUACCAAGUGAUCAGCACAUAGUCAAAGCUAGAUGUCAAGUUGUAUUACGGGAAACAAAAGCACUUAUGACUGAGUUAAUUAGUGGGGAUGUGUCUUCAACAAUUAAAUUAUCACCAGCAACUUUGAGAUUACCCAUAAUGCCUUCUAAUAUCAAUGUCCUUAUUGAUGUAUUAAAGGAUGUUCUGUAUGUUCUUGAAACGAACACAAAUACUGCUUUACUUGCAUUAUUAAUACACUGUUUCAGUUACAGUAAGUCUCCUAUUGAUAUAUUUAAAGAACAUUUUAGUAGCAGCUCAAGAGGGGUCUGUGACUGUUUGGUGAAAACUGAAAUUGAUGAUACUGAAGAUUGUAUCUUUGUGAAAGAAUUUGAUUUGUAUAAUGAGAGGUUGUUGCAAAUUGGUUCAUUUGCCAUAUCAUGUUCUUCAGAUCAAAGCCGUAUACUAUCUGUACGAAGCGGUAUAGCAAGUCUCGAAGCAUUGGAUCCUCACCUAGUACCGGCGCUAAUGAUGUCACCUGAAAGUUAUCAUUCGAUGUUGCUGAUGACUUCAUGGCUACAAGAAGUUCAGGAAAUACGAGACAGCGUGUUUUUGAUUGUGGAACCCACUGCUUUCUCGGAGAAAUCAAAACAAAUGAUGCACGAAAAAUUACUGGAAUUAGUAAAAUCAAAUUGUUACAACAAUAGUCAUGUGUGUGUUGUGAUUAACAUUGGAAGUAUUGUUUAUGAUUUUUUUGAAGCUUACAAUAAGAAUGAGCCAACUGCUGUGAAUGAUUAUGACAAAAUAAAACCAUUGUUAAUAGAUUUGAAGAAAGCGGUAAACGAAUGCAAGACAGUAUCAAAUUUACUUGCCUCCGAAAAUGAUUUUAUGUACGAUAUAAAAACCCAUACUAACAAACAGGCGUCGAAUGAACAGUUAUUGAAGAGACUCAAACUAUUGUACACCGUAAUAAACAAAAUAAAUAUGAUUUUACAUCCGAAGCAAAACGAGGAACAGUUGUUCGAAGAUGAUGACGUUCAUGUGUGUAAAAAUGAAACACAUACAGUUUAUAAAAAUAAAAAUUCAGACGUCGAUAGUCCAAAAAAGACUGAUGACAUUAUGUCUAAGAGUGUAUUUGCCAGGACCAGUAAUGUAAGAUCGUCGACACGAAACUUCCCCCUAAUUAAAUUAACAAAGCAUCUGAAACUAAGACAAUGUGAAGAACUGAGUUUUUCCGUAGAAUUGGACAAUUUGUUGAAUGGUUAUAAGCCCAAAGCUGGUCGCGACGAAACUUUCAACUUGAAUAAGAAUCUGCAAAGAGUACGAGAAAGAUCAGUUUUGUACAAUUUUUCGCCUAUUAAAAAUAGGUCGUCAUUGAGAAAAGCUGUCUUGAAUAGACAUUGCAAAUCUCAAGAGAAGAUUUUAGAAAGAAAACUUGAUGAUGUCCGUUCCAUAACAGAUAAAGACAUUGAUGUUACCGAAGAAAACUUUACCUUACAAUUGACUGAUGUCCUUAACGAAAUGAACGAUAUGACAAGUAUUGUAUCUAAUACGAAGGCUGGGUUUCCAUCAACUGAAUUGAGAACAAAUAAGGCGAACUGUUCCAAUAAAAUCCAUCAGAAUACAAUAUCUAAAUAUGUCUGGAACAUUUCCACAAGUUCCAGAGCUUUUCAAUCUUGUGAUGAAACUGCAGUGUCUUGUUCAUCGAAUAUGUCACAACCAUCUAACGUCACGACAUUAGAACGCAUUAAUGAUUUGGAUUUUAUCGAUAUUAAGUUAAAUAAUCUUAAAACUGAGUUUGAAACAUCAGUAUAAAAUUAAAACCAAUACAAUGAAGUUACAUUACCGAUAGAAAUAGAGAAAAUACGUUCCAUUAUAUGUAUGUUUUGGAAUAUUCGCAGUAUCUUCUGGAAGCUGAACGCAUUGAAUGGUAAACCUAUUAUAGGAGACAUCUUAAAUCAAGAACAAGUAAACUGAGACCCUUAAUACUACACAAUUCUUGAUACAAGAUUUUAUGAUUAAAUUUUGAAAAAAUGCUACUGUUUGGGAACAUUGUAAAUGGUGUAGUAUGUAGCAGACAACAAGGUGGUUUGACUAAAAUAAAACAUUAAAAUAUAAACGAUUUUGUAAUGGAAAGUUCCGUCCAUUAGUAGAUAAUUUUGUAAGGAACUGAUAUAUUAAUAAAUCUUUUUUUUGUA